CUCUCGCGCUACCGGAAGAUCCGACGGCGGCUGGAGUGGAAGCUGCGGCACCUGGUGGACGGGUUCAAGCAAGCGACGAACCGCGACCAGCCGGCCGCGGAGCAGCUGUACGCGGAGCAGAUGUUCAAGCUCGACUUCCACGAGUACUACGGGCUGCUGGAGCGGGCGCUGGUGUACCUGAUGCUGGUGUGGAACAUCCACGUCUCGCGGGCGCACCCGUCCACCCACACCAACACGAACAAGAUCAGCUGGGCGGACGAGAUGAAUGGCGGUGGCAGUUCCAACCACCGCUACCACGCCAACGUCCUCGAGGCCCUCCGCGACCUCGACAGCCCGUACUUCGAGGUGCUGGGGUCCGGCGAGCGCUUCGCCCACCUGCAGAAGGCCAAGGAGCUGCGCAACCGCUGGAAGUACGCCGACAUGGACCCCGAGGAGCGCGAGCGCGACCCCCAGACCUGGCGCGCGGGCUACAAGGCCUGGAAGGACGCGCUGACCCCGCUCGAGAGCUAUGACUUCGAUACCAUCUUCGUCCAGAUCCUGCAGGGCUUGGUCGAGGCGGCGGACAUCGCCCAGCAGCGGGUCGAUGAGCUCGGGCGCGAGGCGGGCCAGGAUGAUGCCGCGGCGGCCGCCGGCGGGAGCGAGAGUGACCCCGACGACUGGGACUUUUUGGUCGAUGCGAUGGAUUGGGAGGCGGUUUGA